AAACAUCAACAACUUCAUCUUCGCUCUCCACAAAUUCUACCUAGUACCUCACCUUCUUUUCUUCUACCCCAUAUUGUAUCCAUCUUCAUGCUUGAGUCAUCAUAAACCUGCAGGGACUCUUUUGAACUAUUCGAUUUCAUACAUUGCAUAUCGAAGCAAGAUUGGCAUAUCUCCAAUAAUUAUUGAAUCAUUGCCCCAGUUGACGCAAUCCCUUUCUCACAACAACAUUCCUUCUAUGACAUCUUGGUCGCGAUAGCUUCUUUGCCCUUUUGAUAUCUCCUACACCUUGAAUAGAAAGAAAGACAAAGACAAAAAUAAAUCAAAAAAUCAAAUCGCCUAACAGCUUCGGCUUUUGCUAUUGUAUCCCUUGAGGAAACAAUAGCUUCAAUCAAUCAUGGACGCUCGAGUAAGUUCUUACCUCCUUGUCGAUGUUGUGGUGGUGGUUCGCUCUUUCCUCCUCCUAAUUUCAUUUUUUUCAAAACAAUUCCCCAAUUCGAUUCAAUCUUCUUUUAACAAUCUCCUCAUAAUUCGAUCUACAUUCCAAUUCAUCACCUUGUCAACUUCAUUUCCAAGUUUCAUAGAUUCUAUUCAAUUGCAGACAAAGCAAACUGACAUUAAAUGUUUUAAUAGCCCCAAAGACCUUUACGAUUUACUCAUACCAAUACCGAUGGUGAUGAGAAUAUCGCACCUUUAAUCACCAAACAACAAUCAACCCUACAUCAAAAACACAAGUCCACAGGAACCUUAGCCAGUAUGUUAGCAGUCGGAGGACUCAAGGCUGCUGCCAAGAGAACUGCAUUCGGAGAUGUUAGCAAUACCGCAAAGACUUUGAAUAAUAUUCAUGACGAGUCUGGUAUUAAGGGCAAGUCAGUUGAAGCCAUUAAGCCUAUUGCUAUUCAGGAUAAAUCAGCUGCACUUUUAAAACCAGCACAACGACCACUUAACAAUGGCCACAGAGCACCAUUAGCUACAUCUACCUCUGAACAAGUUUCUAUCGCUCCACUUCCAAAACAAUUUCAAACAAAUCAAACCAAGCGCAACACUUUGGGCAAGAAGGGUGCGGUGUACAAGGACACAGGAAUUGAAAACAUCCAGCCACUCGCCCAAAAGCCCAUCGCCUCGACUAGUUCAGCCCAACAAACCCUCGGCCCUAGACACGCCAAGAGUCAACCUGAGAUCAAGGCUGAGCAACCAGUUCUACGACGAACACAGAGCAAGCAAUUGAACAAUGUUGUCGACAAUGUUGAACCUGCAAUCUAUCACAAUGCUCCCGAGCAUCCUCUGAAGGAAAAUGUCAACGAGUCCCACCUCCGAUCUAUUAGGGAAAAGGAAGAGUCUGCUGUCAUCGAGAAGUUGAAGUCACAAAAGCAAUUGCCAGCCCUACCACUCGCCCCGGAACCUGAAGAAUAUUGGCCGGAGGAUGAAGAAGAAGCUUAUGAUGAACAAGGCUAUACAACUGCCCACUCGUUCCGAGGAGAGAAUACUACUGGAGGAGCAACAACUAUAAUCGUUCCAAAGGUCACAAACAAGGUUAAGAAGGAGCUUGAGGAUGCCAGAAUUCUUGUUGAGUCUGUUCGAACCCAGGAAGAUAUCGAAGAUGAGAUGUGGGAUACUAGUAUGGUGGCUGAGUAUGGCGAAGAGAUUUUCUCAUACAUGCGUGAACUUGAGGUUAGUCAUUACUGUUCACUUGUUAUGCUUUGGCCAACAAGGCGUUGGUGUGUCUAAAAUUCAGACAACAACAGCAACAAUUUUCGCCGCAAAUUGUUCUCUACGCAAUCACCUGCCUUGUUUAUUUUUAAUGCAUGCUUUGCUGACACACCUUCAAUCACAGAACAAGCUUCUACCUGACCCACAUUACAUGGACACACAAGCAGAGAUCCAAUGGUCAAUGCGCUCUGUUCUGAUGGAUUGGUUAAUCCAGGUUCACCAGAGAUUCUCCCUUCUCCCCGAGACUCUCUUCCUCUGCGUCAACUACAUCGAUCGAUUCCUUUCAAAGAAGGUUGUUUCUCUUGGCAAGCUUCAAUUGGUUGGUGCUACUGCCAUUUUCGUUGCUGCUAAGUACGAAGAAAUCAACUGCCCUUCGAUUGGUGAAAUCGUCUACAUGGUUGACGGUGGUUACAGCAGUGAAGAGAUUCUCAAGGCAGAACGAUUCAUGCUCAGCAUGCUUCAAUUCGAGUUGGGGUGGCCGGGACCAAUGAGUUUCUUACGCCGCAUCAGCAAGGCUGAUGAUUAUGACCUUGAGACACGAACAUUAGCGAAGUACUUCUUGGAGGUCACCAUCAUGGAUGAACGAUUCGUUGGUAGCCCACCAAGUUUCGUUGCUGCUGCAUCUCACGCCGUUGCUAGAUUUAUGCUCGGCAAAGGAGAUUGGUCUCCGGCUCAUGUUUACUAUUCUGGUUAUACUUGGAACCAGCUGAAGCCAUUGGUAUCUUUAGUCAUUGAGUGUUGCGAGAAUGCGCGGAAGCAUCAUGCUGCUGUCUUUGAGAAAUAUUCCGACCGCCGUUACAAGAGAGCCUCCACAUACGUCGAGGACCAGAUGAUCAAAGGCUUUCAAAUCCCAGGCAUCGUUCGCCGUCAACCAUCCAUCCCAGCUCCUUUACGCCUUGAACCUCAAUACCAAGCCGUUGCCUUUGAUCCAUUGUUGUCCAUCGAGGAAAACUCACAGCGAAUGAUUCAAGCAAGAAGCUAAGAAUCCUACUUGCAAUAAUUCUUUACAACACUACAUCACAAAACAUUCAAUUCUUUGUAUUUUAUUGGACCAGAUACGAUAUUGAACCGACUACCAUUCCUUGGGCAUUUCGAUUUAAAUCAACAUCUGGAUUCACUUUUAGCACACCCUUUCAAUACCCCUUCAAUAGACCAUAUUGCUCCACAGUGGCGUUGGCGGCGUUGCAUACAAAUUCAAUUGGUUGCCGUCAUCACUUUGCACUGCACAUGUUGGUUGGCUUUUAUUUUACUAUUUUUGUUCUUCUCCUUCCUGGUAUUUCAGUGAGGGAGGUUUUGCUCAAUGAUAUGGCUUUUAUAUCCUCUUCUGGAGUCAAGGCUGAUACCAUUGCAGCAUCAUGACUUUCAUGAUCUGAUGAUGCUAUGACUUUUUGAGUUAUUUCUUUUUUUUCCUCCUGAUGCAUAAUCGACGAUGGGUCGAGGGUGCGAAGGAUAAUCAAACAAAAUGGGCAGUAAUAUGUCCUUCGGUGGGAUAUGUACUGCUUAACAUCUUACAUCAAUAUGGGGGGUUUAAUGGCAGGGACAAUUCUGUAUUUUCCUUUUUCCUUAUUGCAAUUGUUCAACGUCGGAGUUCUUCUACCCAUCCAAGGAUGGGUUGGGAUGGAUUGUACUCAAGAUACCAGGAGUGAAGUAUUAGCAU